CGCGUUGUUUACAUGAGCGGCUGACGGAGGAGCAGUGAGCUGAUGAGGGGGGCCUUCUGGCUGAAAACACGUCUCGACUGACUCCACGGCACAGGCUCUCUCCGUGGGGGGAAGAAAAAAACUUUGUGUUGCACGGGCAAAGUGUCACUCAAGAACGGAGGCCAACCGAGUUGACUGGUUUGUUGCGACCUUGGACAGAAAGUCACAACAAAGACGAGCGCCAUAAUAACCAUCGGAGGAAACUGUUAACGUGAAGGAGGAAUAGCUUAGCAACAGAGUCCCACUUCCUGAGGUGUACAGGAUCAAGCUCCUAACACCACGGAUAUGGAUAUGCACCCACAAGGACAGCAACCAGGCGUGCCCGUAUUUCAACCUCAGAAACCACUGCAGCCAGAUAUGGGCCAUAACUCACUGGCUAACUUCCAUAUUGAGAAGAAGAUUGGACGUGGUCAGUUCAGUGAGGUGUACCGAGCAAGGUACCUGUUGGACAACACGUCGAUGGCCUUAAAGAAAAUUCAGAUAUUCGACUUGAUGGAUGCCAAAGCUCGGCAAGAUUGCAUCAAAGAGAUAGAUCUCCUUAAGCAAUUGAAUCACCCCAAUGUGAUAAAGUACCACGCAUCUUUUAUUGAGGACAAUGAGCUGAACAUAGUUCUGGAGUUAGCAGAUGCUGGAGAUCUCUCUCGUAUGAUCAAGCACUUUAAGAAGCAGAGGAGGCUCAUCCCAGAGAGAACAGUUUGGAAGUACUUUGUCCAGCUUUGCAGUGCGCUUGAGCACAUGCACUCCCGAAGAGUCAUGCACAGAGAUAUCAAGCCAGCCAAUGUGUUCAUCACAGCUACUGGUGUGGUUAAACUGGGAGACUUGGGACUGGGAAGAUUCUUCAGCUCCAAAACAACUGCUGCUCACUCUCUGGUGGGUACCCCUUACUACAUGUCACCAGAGAGGAUGCAUGAAAACGGCUACAACUUCAAAUCUGACAUCUGGUCGCUAGGAUGCCUUCUCUACGAGAUGGCAGCCUUACAGAGUCCCUUCUAUGGGGAUAAGAUGAACCUCUACUCACUUUGCAAGAAAAUAGAACAGUGUGACUACCCCCCUCUUCCUGCAGAUCACUACUCAGAAGAGCUGAGGAACCUGGUAGAUAUGUGCAUCAACCCCGACCCGGAGAAGAGGCCGGACAUCACCUACGUGUACGGCAUCGCCAAGCACAUGCAGGGCGUCACACAGGGCUGCUAAGCCUGGAGUUGCACACACACACAUACUACGCCCUGCAGAACUCCUCCACACACCCACUCCUACCUUUUAAAUUGUACUCCAAAAACAACGUUUUCCCAUCACACGAAAACUUACUCCAGAGAUUAACUCCUGGUGAUACCUGGUACAUGAAGCAGAUUUUUACUGUCAGGGUAAAGUUCAUAAAAUACCAGAAAGGAACCCAGAUUCAGUGAUUCAGAUUUUCAAUCUUAGCAUUUGAAUUUCACCUUUUUUUCUUAAAGGUUCAACAAACUGUCUCAGUUUGUGUUUGCUGGCAUCCAUCCUGCAGAUGUGAUCAUCAUUUACCUCAGGUAGUGACUUUAGUUGGUAGAAAUAGUGACUUUUCAGACCCUGUUAACAACGUCUUCCCGUGUUUUCAGUGAUUUGCUACUUUUUGGACAGUAUUGCACAGUGAAAGAAAGUUAAUGUUCUCUUUUGAUGUCUGUUAGAAUAUGUGCCAUGCACAAGUUUCCUUUUCUCCUUUUUCACAUUACAGCCACAACUUUAAGGUAUUUUAUUGGGAUUUUAUGUGAUAAAGCAACACAAACUAGCGCCUAAUCGGAAGUGGAAAGAAAAGGAUACGCGGUUCAUUUAGCAAUUAGGCCUUAAUGUUGUAUUUAAAACAAUUUAAGAAAUGCCUACAUUUCACUAUCAGACUGUGUUCUAUGAUGAAAAGUAAGUAAUUUAUGGUAAACAACAACAACGACAACGUAUUUGUCUGGAGCGAGGUGUCAACAAGUGUUCGCACCAUUGUGUGAAAGGGGUCACAUGCCUCAGUCAGCCGGGAGGUGCUCAAUAGAGCAACCAAAACAAGGACCGAAGUUUCCAAUUCCUCAACUACUUUCUACUCCUCAAAGAAAGUUUAGACAGCGUCCUUCUACAAAACUUUCUUGUAGAAUUUACAUUGGAGAUUCCUUUAAAACAUGGAGGGAGCUUUGUGAUCUCCUAGGGUUUAGAACUGAUGAAGAGUUGGCAAAGUUUUGUUUGAACAGCUAAAACAAUUGUAUUUUAAUGAGUUAUAAUGAAGAUAUUUUUAAAUAACACAAAUAAUGCUGUAAAUAACUGUAACAUAACGUGUUUAUAAUAGGCCAGUGUGGCGCUAGCUUCAAUGCUAAUCAGACCUAGAUUACAUGUAAUGUCAGUCUGUAGUUUGAACAUCAAGGUAACUGGAAGAGGAGGGAGGUGAACGAAUGGGGAUUCAUCUUACAUUGAAUGUAAGGUAGGUUCAGUGAUUAGUAUGUUCAACCUACAUUUCAGCUCCUUCAGGAUGGGAAGGGGAGCAGGGCCGCGGGCUAAAACGGUUAGAUUUCUAAAUCUCCUCUUUCUCUCGCUUGCUUAAGAAAAGUUACGGAAUACAGCUUUAAUUUUGGUCUGUUGCAUAAAAUCCCAAUAAUAUGACCUAAGGUGUGUAGUUAUAAUACAGAAUGUAAAAAUCAUAUACAUAUAAAAGCACAUGAAUACUUUUUAAGGGCCUAUAAAUAUUAGACGCCCAGGAAGAUAACAGUUAGGACAAACCUAAGCAAGGCCAAUAAGUACUCCGCAAGAACAGAGAAACUGUUCUUUUAUCUCAGAUAGCAAGAACAACGUUCUCUCUGGCCAGGGCGUUGCAUACUUCACAAGUACUGAAGUGCACAGCUCUUUGUAUAUACUUGGUUGUCAGGCACCACCACAAAAAAGCAGAAACAAGCUGCAAGGACCCCGAAACCGAGGCCCACAGAGAGAGAAAUGUUGAGGCCUGAACACUCAAUCUUUUCUGCUCACCAGAAAUUUAUAGAAAAUAUAUUUAGCUUUUUUUUUUUAGUAAAUGUUCUAGAUGGAGAUGGUGAUGGGCUCAACAGUUAGUCAGGAAAUAGAGCCUUUGUGAAAAUGUGCCAUGUUGGCUUUGAGUGUGUAAAGAAAUUCAGAAGCUUACUGCAUCUUGAGAAAACCCUACCAUUUUAGUGGAGAUCUGUUUUCACUGAGUGACAGGAGCAAAUCUGAAACAAAGCAAAGCAAUUGAUGGUUGAUAUGUUGUUGUGUUGCACUUUUUUACCCUGGCAAAGCAAGGCUGGCAGGGUUAUGUCAAAUGAAUGUAUUAGAAAAGGAAGAAUCAUUUACAGGAUAGACUAGAGACGUGCUUGGGGGAGAACAUGGGCAAAUGUCUCCACAACACUUUGAAUGUUAGUCAUUUUGACACCUUUGUGUUGUCUGGAAACUUCACAAUGUCUCUUUUGACAGCCCCUAUAGUCGCUGAAGCUGUAACAAAAGCAGUUUUAUAUCUGCUUUUUACCCUUCCUGUGACACCAUGUUUUCUUCUUAGCUCAGCUCCAGCGAGGUACAAAGUGUCAGGUUGUUCGGGGUCUGUAAAAGUCACAAAGAAAACAUUAGGAAACUGAAAUAAAGCAGUGUCGUUCCUAAAUGGUCCAGCAGACACAUCUGACCCCGCACACUCAUGGCAGCCCUUUUAGUAUUGCAGUGUACGUCUCGCUUAUGCUACAAAUAAGAGAUCACUGUCAAGCCGUCCAUGCUAGGAAAACACCUCAGCGAGUCUAAGUUGUGUUCUCAGUCAAAGUAUAAUAAGAAAGUCAAUCAUUAUCAGUCUAUAUGAAAGUAUGUUUUAUUGAACGUAUAAAAACCCAUUUAGAGGAAAAAAAGCCAUGAUGGGAUAAUUUUUUUACUGUACAUACACGUUGCGGGGAUGAACUAUUGGUUAGUGUAUAUGUUUUUCCAGUGAAAUGGUUUACACCAGUGUUUCAUGAAAACCAGCACUGACUGUAACUGGUUUACAUUUUAAUGAUGAAACAAUUCUGAAGGUAAAUAUAUAGUGAUUAAUAACACUAUUUCAGUGUCUACUAAACCCCAUAACCCUUUCAAAUAACCCCUGUUUUUAUUUUCUUGUUUUCUCAACAUCUAAUACAUCGUGUGUGAUAUAUACAGAAUCGGUUAACAGAAUAUGUUAAUGUGUCUAUAGUUACAGAAAUACAGAGAUUUACAGCAAAUACAGUGUUUGCUAUUUUUGUUUUGCAAGUUUAUGUAUACCUUUGGAUUUAGGCUCUUUUCUAUGACUGCUUCUCCCCCUCAACCACAGUCCUGACCAUGUUUUAUCAACUAGCAUCAGGAUAGCACCAAAACAUUUCAGUAUUCUCUUGUAUCUGUCUGGGAGUUGUUACUUUGACUUUCUUCUUUGAAAUGUUAGUUUUGGUGAUGUUUUUUUUUUUUUAAAUUUGGCAUAUUAGCAUAGAAACUAAAGUACUAAAGCUGACUCUGCAGUGCCUGCAGGAGGCAGGCUUUCAUAUAUUUUCUGGAUGCAUAAUUAAUUAAAGCAUUUUCUGUAUGUAAAUUUACCUAAAAAAAGCCUUUAAGCUUUCUUCCGUUUUCUUCUGCAUGGCCACUGAAGUUGUUUUUGAAGAGUCCAGAAAGUAAAAAUGCAAACAUUGGCAAUAUUUAUUAUCUUGGUAUAUUUAGUGUCUUUGUCAGUAUUUCAUGACAAAUGCAAUACACAUCACAAACACAUUGUAUGCUAAUUAAAAUGAAUAAAGCUUUACCGUUUUUGUGGACAUUGAA